AAUAUAGUGGCCGUAGGGGCUGGCUUUUGUGAUGGACUGGGUUUUGGCGACAACACCAAGGCAGCAGUGAUCCGGCUGGGGCUCAUGGAAAUGAUCGCCUUCGCCAAGCUUUUCUGCAGUGGCCCUGUGUCUUCUGCCACCUUCCUGGAAAGCUGCGGCGUUGCUGAUCUUAUCACUACCUGCUAUGGAGGACGGAACCGUAAGGUGGCAGAGGCCUUCGCUCGAACUGGAAAGUCCAUUGAGCAGCUGGAGAAAGAGAUGCUAAAUGGGCAGAAGCUGCAGGGGCCCCAGACAGCCCGGGAGCUACACAGCAUCCUCCAGCACAAGGGCCUGGUGGACAAGUUCCCCUUGUUCACAGCUGUGUACAAGGUGUGCUACGAGGGUCAGGCUGUGGGUGAAUUUAUCCGCUGCCUGCAGAAUCACCCAGAACACAUGUGAAUUGGGCCAGGGCCCAGACAGGCAGUUCUUUACCUCAACAGAGACAAGCAGAAG